GUUAUAAAAGAUGUGUGCAGCAACUGUACAGGAGCUGUAGACUCCGAUGGGCCAUUGUCCAGUUCUCCAGUACACAAGAUGGAGCUAGAAAAGAAGUUAUCAUUUGAGAGGCCAAGCUCAGAUGGGGAGGGUGCUAUGGAAAAUGGCAUCACUACCACAUGCAAUGGGAAAGAACAAGUGAAGAGGAAAAAAAGUUCAAAAUCAGAAGCCAAGGGCACUGUGACUAAAGUAACGGGGAAAAAAAUAACAAAGAUCAUUGGUUUAGGAAAGAAAAAGCCAUCAACAGAUGAACAGACCUCAUCAGCUGAAGAAGAUGUUCCAACAUGUGGAUAUCUCAAUGUGCUCUCAAAUAACCGUUGGCGUGAGCGCUGGUGCAGAGUGAAAGAUAAUAAACUCAUUUUCCACAAGGACAGGACAGAUCUGAAGACGCACAUUGUUUCUAUCCCUCUCCGUGGCUGUGAAGUCAUCCUGGGACUGGAUUCGAAGCAUCCCCUGACCUUCCGCCUGCUCCGAAAUGGGCAGGAGGUCGCUGUGCUGGAGGCAUCCUCCUCUGAAGACAUGGGCAGAUGGAUAGGAAUUUUGCUGGCAGAAACAGGGUCUUCGACAGACCCCGGAGCUCUGCACUAUGACUACAUCGACGUGGAAAUGACGGCAAGCGUGAUCCAGGCUGCAAAACAGACCUUCUGUUUCAUGAACAGGCGAGUUAUAUCUACAAAUCCAUAUCGGGGAAGUACUGCCAAUGGCUACGCCUGUCCAAGUGGAAUGGCACUUCAUUACGAUGAUGUUCCCUGCAUAAAUGGAUCGUGGGAACCAGAAGAUGGCUUUCCUUCUUCUCGUAGCAGGAACAUUGGAGAAGAAAUGCUUUAUGAUAACGCAGGCCUGUACGAUAACUUGCCGUCUCCAAAAAUCUUUGCACGCUAUCCGCCAGCUGACAGAAAACCCAAUAGGUUAUCUACUGACAAACUCUCCUCUAACCAUUACAAACACCCUGUCUCAUCCAAUCUGUCUUCUGCUCAGUCUGUCACUAAUACCUCUGCUGUGGGGAGGGGAUCUGGCUCGCAGCUUAAGGGCAAGAAACCUCCUGCAACUGCUAAUGGGAUCACCGGAAAAGGGAGAACUUUAAAUAACCAGCCGAAGAAAUCUGAAUCAGUGUCAUGUGUGAAGCGCACUGCAUCCAAUGCAGAGCAGUACAAAUAUGGCAAGAAUCGUGUGGAGGCAGAUGCAAAGAGGUUACAAAGCAAAGAGGAGGAGCUGCUAAAGAGGAAAGAAGCACUCCGGAAUAGGCUGGCCCAGCUCAGAAAAGAAAGAAAAGAUCUACGUGCUGCCAUUGAAGUCAAUGCUGGCAGGAAGACCCAAGUGAUUCUUGAAGACAAGUUAAAGAAGUUGGAAGAGGAGUGUAAACAGAAGGAGGCUGAGCGUGUAAACCUAGAGCUAGAACUGACCGAGGUGAAGGAGAGCCUUAAGAAAGCAUUGGCUGGUGGCAUAACACUGGGCUUGGCUAUUGAGCCCAAGUCAGGAACAUCAAGCCCACAGUCUCCAAUUUUCAAGCACCGAACUUUGGAAAACUCCCCAAUCUCCAGUUGUGAUACCAGUGAUACCGAAUGCUCAAUACCUGUGAACAGCGCAGCAGCUCUGAAGCGACCUCCCUCAUCAAAUAAUUCUCCAUGUCGAGGCCAUGUCCUUCGAAAAGCAAAG